CAUGCCGAAAGAGGAUCCAGAAGCAACAGCUCUCAAAAAAGAAUUGGUUGAUUUAAUUGCUAAAGUUAAGGCAGAGCAAGAAAAAGUAGCAGAUGCUAAAUUAUCAGAAAAAUGUGACAAUAUGGGAGCUGUAUCAAAAAUAAGACUUACGACAAAGAAGACCUUGAAAGGACAUAUAAACAAAGUAAACUCAGUUCACUAUAGCGGUGAUUCUAGGCACUGCGUUACUGGUUCACUGGAUGGAAAACUUAUAAUCUGGGAUACAUGGAGUGGCAACAAGGUACAAGUCAUCCCACUACGGUCUGCUUGGGUCAUGAGCGUUGCAUUUGCGCCUUCGGGAAAUUUUGUGGCUUGUGGUGGUAUGGAUAACAUGUGCACUGUGUAUGAUGUCAAUAAUCGUGACGCUACUGGAGCCGCUAAAAUGGUACGUGAGCUGGCUGGCUACGAAGGGUUUCUUAGUAGCUGUCGAUUUCUUGACGAUACUCAUAUUCUCACUGGAUCUGGUGAUAUGAAAAUAUGCGUUUGGGACCUAGAAGUUGGUAAAAAGAACAUGGAAUUCGACGCACACGCUGGUGAUGUUGUCAGUAUUUCUUUAGCACCAGAUAUGAAAACCUACGUUACUGGAUCGGUGGAUAAGACUUGUAAGCUGUGGGAUAUCAGAGAAGACAAGGCGAAGCAAACGUUCUUCGGACAUGAAGCAGACGUCAACAGCGUCUGUUAUCACAACAGCGGACAGGCGUUUGCAACUGCAUCAGAAGACAAAACUGCGAGGCUGUUCGAUAUACGCAGUGACCAGCAGCUUGGACAUUAUACCCCACCCGGCAACAGCGGUUUCACUAGUUGUGGACUAUCUCUAAGCGGAAGGUACUUGCUAGCUGGUUCGGAUGACAAUGCAGUACAUUCCUGGGAUACACUGAAAGUCAAUCAUACAGGAACACUAAACGCUCAUGAAAAUCGAGUGACUUCGAUCUCAAUUGCCCCGAAUGGCAUCGCUAUGGCCAGCUGCUCGUGGGACCAAAGUGUCAGGGUCUGGGGCUGAAUUCAGCAUCCCAAUUAUAUUUUUAUUUAUUUAUUUCAUUCAAGCAACAUAAUAUUAUUUAUAUAACAAUAUUGGCCCACAUUAUAUAUGCCUUACGGACCAACUAUAUAUCUUACAAGCUGUGCCCGUGAUUUCACCUGCAUUAAAUUUCAAUCAAAAAUAUAGUCUAUAUGUUAUUCUGAUGCAUAAGCUAUAUAACUGUAAAGGUUCAUCCGUUCAGUAGUUUUUGCGUGAAAGAGUAACAAACAACUAUACUUACAAACUUUCACGUUUAUAACAUUAUGAAGAUUCUUAUUAUCAGAACUGAUUUUGAUGAAACUUUACAAUAAUAUAUACAUACAUCUGAAUAACACAUAGGCACAUAAAUUGCAUGCGAGUGAAACAGUGGGUACAGCUAGUAUAUAAUAACAAUAUUGUCUUUGUGGUCACCACACUAACUAUGGCAAUCUGCCACGGUAGCGGCGCUAUAAGUCCCUUCGGCCAGUAGUCUUCCUUUAUUAAGGUGAACAUGUUGGUGGGGACCCGAUUGGUGGGGUUUUUUUUUGUGAAUGCUAAUGAGAUGGUACACCCGCCAUCUCUAAUGCUGUAAUUUACUGGUGGGGUCCCAGUGGCGGAUAAGAGGAUGAGCAUGAGGGCUCAGGUCAGUUAGCCCAUCGUAGUAAAUUU